AUGUAUGAGGAUUGGUUUAGUGGCUCUGGGUCUGAUGCUUCAGGACUGAGCUCAGAGUUUUCCUCUGACCUCGGCUCUGGGUUCAGCUCCGGGUUCAGCUCUGAUCCCGGCUUUGCGUCCGGUUCUGGGCUUGACUUUGGGUCUGCUUGGGGUUCAGGCGAGGGUCUAGCAGGAAAAGAUGGCAGUCCAGGCCUAUCAGGAGCUUUGGGAGAGAAGGGUGAACAAGGGUUAGCUGGUCAACCUGGACCAAAGGGUGAAUGCGGGUCUCUGGGGACAAAUGGAUCUUCAGGGGCUCCAGGACCUAGUGGACCACCGGGGCAGAGGGGCCCAUCCGGUCCCCCAGGACCCCCUGGCCCUCCCUGGCCAACCAAAUUCUUUGUAGAGGAUAUGGAAGGAUCUGGGAAGAGUGACAUGCUCAUUGGAACCGGAGUCAGAGGCACACAGGGUCCACCUGGUAUACAUGGUCCAACAGGAACUAAGGGUGAGGAUGGAGCCACAGGAGCACCAGGGCUCUCCGUCAAGGGUGAACCCGGGGACAAAGGACCAGAGGGCCGCCAGGGUCCUGCUGGACUACCAGGAGCCAGAGGGGCUAAAGGAGAAAAAGGAAAUCUAGGAUCCAAGGGUGAUCGAGGUGUUGAUGGACUCAGUAUCCCAGGAGCCCCUGGGCCUCCUGGACCCCCUGGACCAACCAUUAAUCUGCCGGAUCUGCUGCUCAAUAUGACAGAUGGGAUCUUCAACUUCACAGAUAUCAGAGGACCACCAGGGCCCGUGGGCCCUGAAGGCUUGCCUGGCAGAGCAGGAUUUCCUGGCCCAAGGGGACCAAAGGGAGACGUAGGCCCUGCAGGUGUACAGGGGCCAUUAGGGCUCAAGGGGGAGAAAGGGGAGCCAGGGGUGACCAUUGCUGCUGAUGGAUCCCUCAUAUCAGCACUAAGAGGUCCCCAUGGGCCGAAAGGCCUCAAGGGUGACCGUGGUUUCUCUGGACCUGCUGGACUAAUGGGCCCGAUAGGACCAAAUGGACAAAAAGGAGAAUAUGGCUUUCCUGGUCGCCCAGGACGAUCUGGUAUGCCUGGGAGGAAAGGUGACAAAGGAGAUGCUGUGGGUCUAUCGGGACCUCCGGGUCCUCCGGGCCCGCCUGGACUUCCAGGAAGAGUAGUUGGGCUGAAAGGAACAGUGUUUCCGGUGCGCCCCAGACCGCACUGCAAAAUGGGACGACAGUCAGGUACAGCGAGAGACUCAGUCGGAGCUAAAGGAAACAAAGGAGAUAUAGGAAUACCUGGAGAACCAGGGACACCUGCACCCGAGUUUCCAGAUGGAGUUGUGGGUGCUAGAGGUGAUAAGGGAUACCAAGGUCAGAAGGGAGACAAGGGUGACGGCGGUCUGCCUGGUCCUCCUGGACUGCCUGGCAGGUCAGGACUUGUGGGUCCCAAAGGUGAGUCUAUCGUGGGAACUCAUGGACCUGUUGGUCCUGUGGGCGAGCCUGGAGCUCCUGGGUUUGGACGACCUGGCCCCGGAGGGCCCCCUGGCCCUGCUGGACCCCCAGGACCUGCAUCUGGAUAUGGAUCAGGUGCCAGUGUCCCUGGCCCCCCCGGUCCCCAAGGCCCGACAGGAUCUCCAGGAAAUGCCAACGCGAUGACUGUUUAUAAGACGAGCAACGCUCUAGGCAGAGAGACUCAUCGCGCUGCAGAGGGAACAUUGGCCUAUGUGUCUGAGAAAGGAGGAGAGCUGUUCAUCAGAGCACGCAACGGCUGGCGCAAGAUCCAG